CGGCUUCGAAAUGUUCCCGCAGGAUGACAAGUCUGCCGUGCGCGUUGCAAUUGUCGGUGGUGGAAUUUCUGGCAUGAGCACGGCACUGUGCGCCAUCGAGGACGGCGUUCUGAAUGCGAGCCAAACCACCAUUAUCGCCGAAAAGGUAUACUCCGAGAUUACCUCGUACAUCGCUGCCGGUCUCUUCCGUCCGGAUGAAGACGUCGCGCCUGAUCUCGACACGGCCGAAAGGUGGUACCGAGACACUUUCGAACGGUGGAGCGAUCUAGAAAAACUGAACAUCCCGCACAUAACCGGCGUGAAAAAAUUGCCAGGAUAUUCGCUCAGUUCUUUCAGUGCGGAAGCCACGUCGAACAGAGUAUGUGAUCGUAUCUUCCCUGACAUCCGGAGUAUGACAGCAGACGAAUUGAAGAAAUUUCCGCGGCAAUAUAAGUACGGUGUCUACCACACGACGUUCGUAGCAGAUCCGCAGAAGUACUUGCCAUACCUGGAGGAUCAGUUGAGACAGCGGGGAGUUCGAUUCCUUCAAUACCGCGUCGACGACCUGGCUGACUUGGCUGAGCGCUUCGAUAUCGUGGUAAAUUGCUCCGGUCUGGGUGCGAAACACUUGGCCAAGGACAACCGUGUCGUCCCUAUACGAGGACAGGUGGUGAAGGUACGGAACAAGCCGGAAGUCACCCAUUUUUAUUAUGCUGACGAUUAUUACAUCCUACCGGGAGUGGAUUGGGUGACCCUGGGCGGCACGCGAAACUUCGCCAACUCAGACUUGAGAGUGUCGAAAUGCGACCGCGAGAAUAUUCUCAGAGGAUGCCAACAGAUUCUCCCUUUGCUCAAGGCGAACGAAGAAAUCGCGGACAUGGUCGGUCUGAGACCGUACAGAUCCCCCGUGCGGGUCGAGGCUGUGAAAUUUCCCAAUUCGGACUCUUGGCUGGUGCACAACUACGGGCACGGGGGUCAGGGUGUCAAUCUAUCGUGGGGUACGGCACGCGAGGCAACGCGUCUCAUCCGCGCCUGUUUGAAGAAUCCUCUCAAAUCGAGACUCUGAGAAGCCCACGUGUGCGUUCCGACUCAUUUUCCGCCCGAACGAUUUGAAGGCGUCUGCAGAGAUGAUGAUCGAUCCCGGGAUAGCCCGACGACCAUCAUUCCAGUCUUCGUCACCGUCGACAGGCUCACUGUCCAUUGAGACGGGAGCACCGAACGAUAUCCGCGUAACUGGAAAGGGAGCAGUGAACUCCGAUUCGGACUACGAUAGAAGAUAUCGAACGUUCGGGAAGGGAGGAAACGUUUAAAUUUCGGGAGGUUUCGCCGACGUUGAGAAUCAUCUACUAAGAGGAAAGUCGAGAGUCGGAACAGA